AUGAAGAUAAAGAGGCCAAGGACACAACAAACAAAAAUUGUGAUAUCCUCCGUCCUGAAGACAGCAAGCAAUGACCACCUAAUCCGCGAUACGGUCGACGAUAUGGAGUACAUGCUUGAAUACCAUGAAACUGAUUUUGAUUUGGUGAUGGAGAUUAUCAAGCAGACUUCUGACUUUGUCGCACACACUAUUCCAACGCUCGAUGAUUCCACAGGUACAGAUCUUGAUAUAAAUGUUAAGAUAUAUAAUCACAACCUAAACGCUUUGUGA